GAAGUUUUUGAAAAUCUUGGGAGAUUCUUACGAAGAAGCUCAGUAGCCAUUCAUCGAACUCGUGGCCCCUUAUAAAUCCGCAGUAGAUUCUUAGAACAUAUAUAAAUAGCCAUAUGUGUCAGUGUUAAUCAGCUUCUUGAUUUUCGUCUCCUUAGUUCUUGUUCCGAGUUUUCCUUCUCCUCGUGGCUCUCGCCCCAUCGAGCUCUGUUGAAUUCUUCUAUCGCAAGUUCGGAUGAAUUCAGCUAUAUUUUAAUCAGGUAAACUUAUCAUGGUUCAACCAUGUUGAUGAUUCACACUUCUGGUGGCAUCAAGUGGCAAACAUAUUUGGACUCUAGAAAGCUGCAGGAUUGUAGUCAAUACAAAGUUACAUGUGACACUCCCUUAAUUAGCACCAAUCAUCCAAUUCAUGGAAGAUGUCCUGGUAAUAAAGUGCUGCAGAGUUCCUCUUUCUCUUCAAAAUGCUGUAAUGGACUUAAGAUCCAUCGCCUGUUUCAUCAAACAGCUUCCAAGAGAUGGCUGUGUCGAUUGCGUGAGUCUACAUCAUCAGACGAUGAGUACCGUUCGUCAAGGAACAUAGCAAUCAGUUUAUUUAGGCGGUAUAGGAAUUUUGUGGAACGAGGAGGAGGUGACAACUUAAAAGAAUUCAUCAGUGCUGGGGUAAAUGCAUAUGCAUUGGGGUGCACUGAUGAAGGGCUAAGGAAAGAACUUGCUGCUAUGAAGGAAUCAGGUUUGGAAAUUGAAGCUAUGCAAAAUUACAGGGGAAGCACCAGUCUAAAAUCCAAGAUUUUCUCUAAUGAGAUUGAUGAGUGCAUUCUGUGGCUAAGCAUUAUAUUUAUCACCAUCCUAUGUACACCACAGCCAACCAUAGUCCGUUGGUCAUCAACACCUCCAGUCUCGGAUGAAAUAAUGCUACAAUGGAAAGGCUUUUGUGCCAUCAUAGCUAAUGCAUACUUCGUGAGAGGGAUGGCAUGGCUUCCAGUGAAGACUCUUCAACUAGAGCAAAUGGCAACAAUGGGCCAUGCAGAGGAGCCAUCAGUUGUUUCCAGCCGAAUGAGAUUAGUAUUUAGCACAUUAGAGGUGGUGAGUCCACAGUGGCCAAGAUGGUAAGAGUCUCGUCUCGUGGUGGCAGCCCGGUGCUUGAACACGGGGAAUACAAUUUCCUGAAUUUCCCUGUUCUCUGUUUCCCUACAGAAUUGUACUUAUUGUGCUUUAAAGCCCAAAAAGGAAAAUUUUUCAUGUAUACAUACCUAAUAAACCUCUGUGUAAGACAGUUUAUAUGCUUGAAUAUAAUUGCAGGAUAAUUUAUGAAAAUAUA